AUGGACGAUUCGAGCGGAUCGUUACAACCAACGAUGGAGAACGAAUACACAAACGACGCGACACCACAAGAAUGCACUCCAACAGUUAUUCCGGCUGAAAUGAUGCUGCAAAGACUUGAAUCCUUCGAAGACUGCACUCAAAUUGCCCAAGCCUUUAUCAGCUAUCUUCGGAAGAAAGAUGAAAUGGAUCCACAUCGGCCAAUUCGCGAAUCCUACAAGCCGACCAUUGUACAACAAUAUGUUUAUCCAUUUCUUGCAAAUCGCGAACACGUUAUGGUACGAGCUCCGACUGGUAGCGGAAAGACGAUUGCAUUUCUUCUACCAAUUAUCGAAAGCUUGCUCAGACAAGGACCUAAUGCAGAUGGAAAUCCACGCUGCAUUGUUUUGGCGGAUACGAGAGACCUAGUCGAACAACAUUGGAAAGUUACAAACAGCAUUGUAGAGGAACUGGAUGCAAUCGGACAACAUCUGACUACCGAGUGUUUUAUUGGAGGUUUUGGUGGAUCUGAUAGGAAUUCGGUUCCUUACGGCAAAUUUAUUGGAGGCCGUGUCAAGUGUGACAUCGCAUUUUUCACAGCUGGAAGACUGGCCGAGCUCUUGGGCGGAUAUCGUCGUAUAGAUGGAUCAUUGUCUCCGAAGAAAUUGUCUUUGUGCGAUCUACAGUAUCUUGUGAUUGAUGAGGCGGAUGAGAUCUUCUUUCCUCAAAAGUUCAGCAUGGAAAUUGAUAAGCUUGGCGACUCUUUGAAAGAAUGCUAUCAAAGCUUUGUGAGCGUUGGUAAAGAGUAUAAUCCAAGUCUCUCACUCUACUCGGCGACCUUGGUUCAAAGCGACAUACAAAUUCAACGUGCCAUAGAGAAAUUGACCAACGGCGCGACUAUGGAUAAUUUUGGUUUUGUUGCCUUAGAUAUCGUUCGUCCCAACAUUGUGCAACAAAUUUUGAAAUUCGAUGGCUUUAUCCAAAAGUUUAAUGCGCUGGUGCAAUUACUUGACAGGGAUUUAAAAGCCAAUGGUACAACGCGUGCAAACUGUCGCACGCAUGAACACUACGAUUAUUCGACCAUCAUCUUUUGCGACACGAAGAGCACGGUUUACUGCCUCACAAGCAUGCUGGUCAUGAUGGGCUUCUAUGUUAAGUUUCACAACGGUUCACUGUCUAUGCCGCAUCGAAGAGAGAAUGAUGUCCUUUUGAAUCAAAGAAAGCUCCCUUUUCUGGUGACGACGAACGCACUGGCUCGUGGAAUUGAUAAGCCAUAUAUUAAGCAUAUUAUCAUGUUCGAUCUUCCGGUGACUAAUUGGGACGCUUAUACACAUCGUGUGGGUCGAACCGGACGAUCGGAUUCAAUUGGUUACGCUACAAUUUUCUUCACUACCAACCAAGUGAAUGAUCAGCGACGCGGCCCUCUUCUUCUUAGGACUCUCUAUUUGAUGAAACAAAAGCUUCCACGAUUUCUCCUCAAUAAUUAUGGUCCAAGCGUUUUCUCAGAGGAAUUUAUGAACGAUAUUCAACAAAGUGAACAAGUACCAAAUUUUGAAGGUGAUGACACCCAGGAAUCCGAAUCUUCGUUUAUUUCGCUUGCUCAAUUGGCGGGUCCAGAAGAGUCAGUGAAUGCAGACGGAAGGGAUACUUUAGAUGAUGACGAUGUUCUUUCAAAUAUGACCACUGUUUUGCCUGAAGAAGAAGAAAUGUUGGCAAGCGAACAGAAUGAUUUGUCGGAAUGGGCAGAAGUGUCUCGUCUGACUGAAACAAGGCCUGCUUUGGUGGCACCUGCUAAAGCAUUCACAAAUCCCGCAACGAGUGCUUUUCGAACUAUGUUUGCUAAAAUUAAUGGAAGUUCCAAUGCAAUCAGAGAUGUGCGAAAAGAUGCUUUGCACGACACAGCAACGGGAGCAAGCACUUUUUACGAAAGCGAGAAUGAGUCGUUAAAAUCCGAUGGGGAUCUCACUACUUAUUCGAAGCGAACCGAGAAUUGGAAGGAACGACUUAUUCCAAAGAAUUUCAAAGCUUUUAUUCAAAGAGAUCAUCCACAACGCGAAAAG